CGCGGGGCGGGGUCGCCCCGUGUUUACAUCCGGCCCCGGCGCGCCGCCGCCUGAGGUCGCUCGGCCCGGGUCCGAGCCUUCUGCGCCAUGGACACGAGCGACCUCUUCGCCAGCUGCAGGAAGGGGGAUGUGGGCCGAGUGCGGUACCUGCUGGAGCAGCGAGAUGUGGAGGUGAACGUGCGGGACAAGUGGGACAGCACCCCAUUGUACUACGCCUGCCUCUGUGGGCAUGAGGAGCUCGUGCUCUACCUUCUGGCCAAUGGAGCCCGCUGCGAGGCCAAUACCUUCGACGGGGAGCGCUGCCUCUAUGGGGCACUGAGUGAUACCAUCCGCAGGGCCCUGCGAGAUUACAAGCAGGUGACAGCCUCCUGCAGGAGGCGGGAUUACUAUGACGACUUCCUACAGAGCCCACCCCUCCCCAGGCUUCUGGAGCAAGGCAUCCACAGCGACGUGGUCUUUGUGGUGCACGGGAAGCCCUUCCGGGCACAUCGCUGUGUCCUGGGUGCGCGCAGCACCUACUUCGCCAACAUGCUGGACACCAAGUGGAAGGGCAAGAGCACCGUGGUCCUCAGGCAUCCACUGAUCAAUCCUGUGGCCUUUGGGGCCCUGCUGCAGUACCUGUACACAGGCCGCCUGGACGUGGGUGUGGAACACGUCAGUGACUGCGAGCGCCUGGCCAAGCAGUGCCAGUUGUGGGACCUGCUCAGUGACCUGGAGGCCAAGUGCGAGAAGGUGUCCGAGUUUGUGGCAUCCAAGCCAGGCACGUGUGUGAAGGUGCUGACCAUCGAGCCACCCGCAGCAGACCCCCGACUUCGGGGGGACAUGGCCCUGCUGGCCGACUGUGCUCUGCCCCCUGAGCUCCGAGGUGAUCUCGGGGAGCUGCCCUUCCCUUGCCCUGACGGCUUCAACAGCUGUCCUGACGUCUGCUUCCGAGUGGAUGGUUGCAGCUUCCUCUGCCACAAGGCCUUCUUCUGUGGCCGCAGCGACUAUUUCCGGGCCUUGCUGGACGACCACUUCCAGGAGAACGAAGGGCUGGAGGCCUCGGGUGGCCUCCCAGCCGUCACCCUGCACGGCAUCUCACCCGACAUCUUCACCCACGUGCUCUACUACAUAUACAGUGACCACACGGAGCUGCCCCCUGAGGUGGCCUACGAUGUGCUGAGUGUAGCUGACAUGUACCUGUUGCCUGGCCUGAAGCGGCUGUGUGGCCGCAGCCUGGCCCAGCUGCUGGAUGAGGACAGUGUGGUGGGGGUGUGGCGCGUGGCCAAACUGUUCCGCCUGGUGCGCCUGGAGGACCAGUGCACCGAGUACAUGGCCAAGGUCAUCGAGAAGCUGGUGGAGCGGGAGGACUUUGCGGAGGCCGUGAGGGAGGAGGCUGCGGCAGUGGCGGCCCGGCAGGAGACGGACUCCAUUCCGCUGGUGGACGACAUACGCUUCCAUGUGGCCAGCACGGUGCAGACCUACAGUGCCAUCGGGGAGGCACAGCAGCGGCUCCGGGCCCUUGAGGACCUGCUGGUGUCCAUCGGCCUGGACUGCUGACUGCCUCUGGGCGAGAGGCCCCCUGAGGAUGACAUGCAUGGGUGGCUGUGUGCGCAGCUGUUCUUUGCACCCCUUGCACCCAAAGGCAUUGUGGGAGCCAAGGGGGGUCAGCGGGGCUCCCUGUCCCCUGUGUGCCCGGGGGACGGUCGCCCCUGGAUGAACCCCCUCUUCCAGUGCACAGACCAGUCCCCUAGAUCCUGGGGCUGGGCACCACUCAGGGAAACUUGGGGUGGGGUCUCUUAGGGCCUCCUUCCCCACCCCACCCCUGCUCUCCGGGCUCUGGCUGGCAGGCUCCUGGCAGCCAAGCUGGCCUCUCCCGGGCACGGAGCUGGCCCGGAAGAAGCAGGGAAGUCUGUGUGUGGCAAUAAAGCUUGAUUUCUCUA